UGAACCUACACUGGAACUCUUCCCAAAGAAGGUUUCGUGCUAAACGAAAACACAAUUACUAAAAUAGUGAAAACAUUGUUAAAUGAAUUGACUUGACUGCCUGGUGAUCUGAAGAUAUGUACGGUCAGGGUGGUGAAGGAAGGAAUAGAGGGUUUGGCUUCCAGGGAUUCUCUAUUAACAAAUCAGAUGGAGGCAGUGUAGGUGGAGAUGGAUUGUCCCGCAUGGGAAGUUCGGGAACAACCCGGGGUAUUCCAGGAAGAAGUAUGGGCUACAAACUACACUUUGGUCGCAGCAGGAUAACUGAUGAUGAUGAUUAUUUUGAUGAUGCUGAUGAAGCGGAGAAUGCUGAGUACCAGCCAGCACCUGGUAGUCCCGGAGCUGACGAGGACGGGAACAAGAAAGAUGAUAGUGAUAGUGAUGAUCCCCUUGAUGCUUUCAUGGCAGGUAUAGAGGAAAAAGUAGAGUCAGAUUUAAAACCCAAGAAGAAAGAUACGAAGAAAAAAGGGGAAGAAAAAGGUGUAAGAGAUGACAUAGAACAGGAAGAUGUGGAGGAAGCCUACUAUCGUUACAUGGAGGAGAAUCCGAUGGCGGGUGUUCUUGCAGACGAGCAAGAGGAACUUAAUGUAGAAUAUGAUAAUGACGGAAAUAUCAUAUAUGUGGAGAAAAACAAGAUAAUAGAUCCAUUGCCUCCUAUAGACCACUCGGAUAUGGAGUAUGAGAAUUUUGAAAGGAAUUUCUAUGAAGAGCAUGGAGAGAUAUCUAAACUGUCAGACCAGGAGAUUAAUGAGCUCAGAGAUAAACUAGGAAUCAGGGUAUCUGGAUUAAUCCCUCCUAAACCUGUGUGUAGUUUUGCUCACUUUGGAUUUGAUGAAUCCCUCCUAGAUGCCAUCAGGAAAUCAGGAUACUCCAUGCCAACUCCUAUACAGUCACAGGGUGUUCCUAUAGCGUUGUCAGGAAGGGAUAUAAUUGGUAUAGCAAAGACUGGUAGUGGUAAAACAGCAGCUUUUCUCUGGCCUCUCCUUGUACAUAUAAUGGCACAGAGGGAGCUAGAGCAAGGGGAUGGUCCCAUUGGUUUAAUUUUAGCACCUACAAGAGAAUUGUCUCAACAGAUUUAUCAUGAAUGUAAAAAGUUUGGCAAGGUAUACAACAUUAAAACAGUGUGUGCGUAUGGAGGUGGGAGUAUGUGGGAACAGCAGAAAGCUUGUCAGGAGGGAGCAGAAAUUAUAGUAGCUACACCUGGAAGAUUAAUUGAUCUGGUUAAAAAGAAAGCCACAAAUUUAAAAAGAGUUACAUACCUUGUGUAUGAUGAAGCCGACAGAAUGUUUGAUAUGGGAUUUGAGCCUCAAGUACAUUCAAUAGCAAACCAUGUUAGGCCAGACAGACAAACUUUACUGUUUAGUGCAACAUUUAGGAAGAAAGUUGAGAAAUUAGCUCGAGAUAUUUUAGCUGAUCCAAUCCGGGUAGUUCAAGGAGAGGCUGGGGUGGCUAAUGAAGAUGUUACGCAGAUUGUUGAGGUUUUACCCCCUGGUCCUGCCAAGUGGACAUGGUUGGUCAAACGUCUAGUAGAAAUGACCACAUUAGGAAGUGUUCUUAUAUUUGUAACAAGAAAACUCAACUCGGAAGAACUUGCAACAAAUCUCAAAAGUCGUGACUUUAAAGUUGGCCUAAUGCAUGGUGACAUGAGUCAGAUGGAAAGAAAUGAAGUUAUCACAGCUUUUAAGAAAAAAGAAUUUCCCAUACUAGUAGCUACUGAUGUUGCAGCUAGAGGAUUAGAUAUUCCAUCUAUAAAAACUGUAGUGAACUAUGACGUUGCCAGGGAUAUUGACACUCACACUCACAGAGUUGGUAGAACUGGUCGUGCAGGAGAGAAAGGUUUUGCCUUUACACUGAUCACAGAGAAAGAUAAAGAGUUUGCAGGUGCCCUGGUGAGAAAUCUUGAAGCAGCCAAUCAGCAUGUACCUCAACCUCUCCUUGACCUUGCUUUACAGUGUCCAAGAUUUAGACAAACUAGAUUUAAAAAUCAAGGUCGUGGAAAGAAACCAUUGGCUGUAAUAGGGGCUUCUUCUGGACAGAAAGAACGACCAGGACUUGGUGCAGAAUCUAGUACAAGGGUACAAGAUUCCACAAGUUUUACAUCAUUUAGAGCAAGCUCGGCUCUAGGUAGAGGUCCACAGACAGACAGAAUGUCAGCAAUGAAAACAGCUUUUGCAGCACAGUAUAAAACAAACUUUGUAGCAGCAGUGGAUUCAGCUCCAAAAACUAUACCUACAGGAAUUCACGAGCCAGAAAACCCUAAUCCAUUACCCCACCAUUCUCACAACAAGAAACGGAAAAAAUCAAGAUGGGAUUGAAACAAUAAUAUUAGUUUAAGUGUUAAAUAAAUUGCUUCAAGUUAUGCGGCGCAAAGGAUUCAGACAGUUUUGAUAAUGCUGCACUAAACAAUUAAGUGUUUUGAGAUGCAAAACUACACAAUUAAGAACUUAGAGAUGCAGCACUAAUGAGAAGCAAAACUAAACAAUUAGGAGUUUUUUAGAUGCAGGACUGAACAGUUAUUUCUUUGGAUGCAGCCCUAAACAAUUAGAGUUUUGAGAUAAAAAACUAAACAAUUAAAGAGUUUUGAGAUGCAGCACUUAACAAUUAAGUGUUUUUGGAUGCAACACUUAACAAGAGUUAUGAGAUGAAAUACUUAAAAAUUCAGAGUUUUUAGAUGCUGCAUUAAACAAGAGCUAUGAGAUGCAAAACUAAACAAAUAUGAGUUUUGCAUUGAAGCACUCAACAGUUAAAUGUUUUCAGAUGCAGCAUGAAACAAUAAAUAGUUUUAGAAUUAAGUGAAUUACAACUUUGUUUCAAAGGUUUGAUGACAUAUAUGGCUAGACUUGUUGAUUAAGCUGGUCUAGCUGGAUUGUUUAAAUGUUGCUCAAUGUUUGGUAAGAAAUAGCGUGGAAAUAAGAGAAUGAACAUUGUUUAUGUUGUUAUAUAUGAAAGACAAAGGUGUUUCCUGGUAUGACAAUGUUGAGUGCAUAUAGUGUGAAAUCUAAGAUUGUUUUACAAAUGAAUUGGUAAAAACAGGAAUCUGUGUAUGAAAAUGUAUUUACUUAUCUGUGAAGGGGUAAUAAAAUGUUGCCUAAUUAUUCAGUGGAUAUCCAGAUUUCCUUGAGAAUUCUUUGAGCUGACACAGGGACUAAUUAUAGUUGAUUUAUGUAGUGCUAUUCUUACUGUUCUUACUGUACUGUGACCAGAUUGAUGAGUGGUUUCUUGUCUGUGUAGAUAGAUAUGAGCCGCGUUGUGACAAAACCAACAUAGUGCGUUUUCGACCAGCAUGGAUCCAGAUCAUCCUGCACAUCCGCGCAGUCUGAUCAGGAUCCAUGCUGUUCGCUGUCAGUUUCUCCACUUGUAAUAGAGUUGGUAAGCGAACAGCAUGGAUCCUGAUCAGACUGCGUGGAUGCUGGCCGCAAACCCACUAUGUUGGUUUUGUUGUGACGCGGCUCAUAUUUUAUUGGUAUAUUUGCUCUGUCAAAGCUUCUCUUUGGCACAUGGUGCUGUGACCUUUUGUUUGUGAAACUAGAUGGAAAAUUUUCAUGCAUGUAUUGCUUCCAGAAAUACUUGCUGAUUAAAGAUUUUAAAGUUUUAUUCUACUAUAAUUUUCAAACAUUUGCAAAGAUAUAUUGUUUGUGGAUUAGUAGAUUUAAUAGCAGGGUUGUAUGUUAAUUUAUACAGCUAAGUUAUUAUAACUUGAUAGAAUAUUGUAAGGUAUGUCUGGUGAAUUGCAGUUAAUAGUGAUAAUGAAGAUUUUAAUUUUGUUUUGUUCUUUUGCUUACAAUUUAUUUGUAUUUAAAGGCCCAUUAUGCCUAAGAAAUGUUUUUAUUUCUAUUUCUCAAAAGUUUUUUUUUUUAAUUUUGGUUUACUGUUAUAGCAUCCAAAACGUUACUCAUUUACCAACUACCAAAACCUUCUUUUUGAUCUCUUUCUUUUUGGCAAUAAGUACAGUUAUAGUGACUUAGCAUUUUGAAUGGAAAUCAAAAUAUUACUUUGUAUACAGUCAACUACUUUUGUGACAAAUUAUUUUACAUUUAUAGCAGGUUUUUAGGUAACAAGCAUCUAACAUUUUUUGAAACCCAUUAUUCAAACAUUACAUGUUUCCAAAGAAAUAAAUAAAAAAAAAAUUCUGAGGCAUAAGGUAGCACGCCACAGCUUCGAAUGGCCAGGGAGGAUUUCUUGGAUAUAGUGAAUAUUAAAGUGCAUUUGCAGCAUGACAUUUGUUUUUGUGACAUCAAAUAUGAUGGUAGUUUGGUAUCAGAAUUAAUAGACGUAUUGCUUGUAGGACAUUGACGGCAGGAACUUGAAAUUAACUGUGGAGUGCUACCUAAUGUGCCUUUAACUGACUGCAUAAACACUGGUGUUACAAACUACAUGUACAUGUAUAUAAAAAUGUUGAAUAUUUUGAAUCAUGUCAAGCUCUUUAUGUAAAAUUGUAACCUUAUUAAAAUCUUGAUAUGGACACACAAAAAAAAUGUAACAUACAAAUAUGCGUAUUCAGACAACCAUAUCACUUUAUUUAGACACGGAUUUAUAUUACAAAUAAAUCCGUGAUUAAGAUGAUAAUGAAAUUUUAAACUGUGUAAUUAAAAGAAGGACAAAUUUGAAUUAUUUUUAAACUAUGAAAGUUACUAGAUAUAUAAUUAUGUAGUUUGAACUUUUCAUCCCAACCCUGUUUUGACUUGUUAUUUAUUUUGUUUUUUAAAGGGGUUAACACUCCAGUUGACCAUUACUUAGUGUCAUAUUUUUGAUAGAUAGAACAAUGUGUAAAUAAAUAAAUCAUUCAUAAGUUUAACAUUAAUUUCACUAUAGAUAUUUCUAUACAAUAAUGAUUGUAACAUACCCUAUAUUCAUGAGAUAUUGUUUCUUAUCCUGCAAUCAUAAGUGUGUUUAAUUGUAUAUAUUCUAAUAUUUAGAAAUGAAAUGAUCUUUAAAAAUUAUUCAGUAUGCAUUCACUAUUUCUGAAUUUGAUACAUUAGACAUGUUAGAAAACCCUAUCAAAGAUAAGGUUAGCUCUGUUGAUAUGAAUGUUAGAUUAUGAUAAAUGUUUUUCGAUAAAUUCAUUGUAAAAAAAAUCCAGAAUAAAAAUGAAAUAAAGAAAUGAA